UUCAAGGACUUAACUGGGAGUAACAAGCACCUACGGUUGAUAUAGUCAGUGUCAUUCGCCUUCUUACGGACUACAGAGGCACCACGUGCAUGUAGCCUGUGGUAGGAAAUCAAAGACAGACAAAGAUGUGAGUUUGUUCUGCUUUUGUGGAAACGAUCCAUUCAACUUCACUGAAGCGACCCUUGGAUACGGCCCUCACGCAUCACUUACAGUAAAUCUCAUCCACGUGUCCAUCCACGCAUGUGAAGCACAACAACAGCUCUGCACAACAACUCUGCUUCAUUUCGGGAAGAACAGAUAAAGAGUCUCCGAGGCUCGGAUGCAUUUGUCAAUGGAUACUCUGGGAAUAGUGGACGAUGGUUGUCUGGACAACUAUGACAUGGCAAAAGGUGCGGGGUCAAGCGCUGGAGGUAGAGUCCACAGUAUUGACGUCAUACUGGGAUUCACUAAAGACCAGGACCCUUUACUCCAUUCGGUAGGAAAUGAUGACAGCCAAAAAACAAACAUAGAAAACCCACAGAAGCAGAUCCCGUCUGACCCCUAUGGGCACCUUCCAGAGCUGGGUGACAGCUCCCAACACUCUUCCUACCAUGAUUCUGACCUUUUCUCCGGUGACAAGUGUGAUGAUGAAAUGAGCGACCUGCAAAAAGAACUAGACGUUGCUGAAGGGUCUCCAGAGACCGUUAAAGAGGAAGAACAUGGUAAGAAGAAGCACAGAAGAAACCGGACCACCUUCACUACCUAUCAGCUUCACGAGCUGGAGCGAGCCUUCGAGAAGUCCCACUACCCGGACGUCUACAGCCGUGAGGAGUUGGCAAUGAAGGUUAACUUGCCUGAGGUUCGAGUUCAGGUCUGGUUCCAGAACCGGAGGGCCAAGUGGAGACGGCAGGAGAAGAUGGACACCAGCACCAUGAAGCUCCACGAUUCUCCCAUGCUAUCCUUCAAUCGUCCCCCAAUGCCUCCAAGCAUGGGGACGGUGACCAACCCAAUGCCCUUAGAUCCCUGGCUGACUUCACCCAUCUCCAGUGCCACGUCCAUGCAUACCAUCCCAGGGUUCAUGGGUUCACCGCAGGGCCUGCAGCCUGCUUAUCCGAGCCACAGCUUCCUCAACACCCCACCAGGCAUGGUCCAAGGUAUGCAGCCAAUGGGCCCUCCUCCUUAUCAGUGCGCACCCAGCUUCAACGAUAAAUACCCUAUGGAGGAUGACAGGAGUUCAAGCAUCGCAGCACUCAGGAUGAAGGCCAAAGAGCACAUUCAGUCGAUGGAUAAAACCUGGCAGCACAUGUGAUCUGACGAGACAGAUUUUUGAACUGCAUCCCAUGAAUGUUUACAAACUGCUUUGUUUCAUGUACCCGUGAAGAGCGUAUAUGACACCAAAGGAGUCAGAUAUUUUUUCACUGACAUACAGUAAAUGGACUG